UAAGCGUGUCGGCAUCGUGCAAAUACCAAAACAAAUAAUACACAAGCAGAUAACCUUGAGGUAUAUAUAUAAAAGCUCUCUCACGGUCUAUAUUAUUCCUUUAUUUCAGAAAGUCGUGAUAAAGUAACGUAAUAUAACACUUUUUGAAGUCUACCUAAUUCAUGCAACUUUAACGAAGAAUGUGCAAUAAGAUGUUUAUAGUUAAUUGCAACAAUUAUAGUCUUAUUUAAUAGAUUAUACAGUGCAGUGUAUAUGUAAUAUAGUGAUAUCCCAAUAUUAAUAUUUCACAACUCGAUGAUGAAGCGUAGAUUGUACAAACGAUCGAGGCAAAAGUUUCACGAGAUUCAGGAGUCAUUUCGAGAAAACAUUCGUUUGCGAUCUUCCGAAGAUUCGAAGAACAACAAUGCGGAGAAAGCGAGCGGUGCAUCUAAUCAACAUUCACCGGAAUCGGUUCUAUACGAAUCAGAUUCAUGUCUCUGUAUCGAAAAACUUAGUCCUGAGAUUAUUCUCAACCGAUCUAAAAUAAGAUCGCAAACGGAGAUCGGGAAAGACGCGAUCGAGGAUGCUAUCGAAGGAUCCAACUCGUCCGAGGAGUAUCAUGACUCGAAUCUUCUAAUGUGCGAUUUUAAUAUCGAAUCUAGAGAUGAUUUCAUCAACUUGGAAAAGUACUAUCCUAAAGGUGAUACGCGACACUGCGUGGACGAUCCGCUCGAUUUGACGGAUUCAAUUUAUUUAUGCAGUUUACCUUCCCUGAAUAAUGUGUUAAAUAGCGAUGCGAAUGAAACGAUCAACGUAAUGCAUGGUGGACAAUCUUUAGCGGUUCUCGAAGAAACGACUCGCCAAGGAAUCUCUCAAUCGGCGAAAUUUCCUUCCAACUUGGAAUCUCAGUCGUCCAACGACUCAGUUCUGGGAUCCGCGAAUUUUUACGACAAACAUGACAAACGAUCUCUGGAGAAAAAUUCGAAUCAACGGGAAAAUUGCGAAAAUAUACCCGGAACGAGGGAAAAUUGUUACUCGUUAGACAAGACGUUUUCGAUGAAUGAUAAUUUGAUUCGCGAGAUGAAUAAUUAUCUAGAGGGACAGUCAUCAACGAUCGCCGAUCAAUCCAACAUGGAAAUGACUCGCAAAUUACAGGAAGAAUCCGCACGCUUCGCAAUCUUUCAGGAGAUCGAGAAACGAUCUGGAUUCACUGAUGAUGUCGGGCGAUUAUCGUCCGACGAAUUGGCUGGAUUGUCGGUCGACGCAUCUAUCGAAGAUGACGACCAUAGUUCGCGAAACGAUAAGAAGGGAAGAAAUGGAAUUCCAAAUGACAAUAACAGAUUCGACUUGAUACUCGAGAAGAUCGGUGAACGUUUGACCGCGAAUUGGAGCGAGUUUCGCAAGAGGUUUACGUAUUUGCAACGAGUAGGCAGGCAAAUUUGUGCCGAGAACUCGGAACGCGCGUGCUUGUUGUAUAAAAUAUUUCCUUAUACCUCAGUUUCGACGUUUUCUUCAAGUUGCACGCCUUUGUCAUCGCCGGACAACGUAGGGCACAAAUUCACAAAGGACGGAGAAAAAACGGAGAAGAUCCAAGACUCGAAAUUCAAGACUCGAUCGGAAGCAAAUUCUUGGGGGGAAUCGCCGACGAAAUGCUUCCGAAACGCAAAGUUGAUGUUCGAUUACGAAGGGGAAGUGAAAAAGCAGAAGCAAUCGGAGAUUCGCACGGAAAUUACAGAUUCACUUUUCAAUAAAAGCGAAGAACACUCAUUAUUGGAUUCACUUUCGUGCGAUAAAAAAUACUGGGAUAACACUCCGAAAUCGACAUUUCAUCUAGCUACAGCUAAUUACGACGAUCGCAAUAAUUACCUGCAAAAAGUAAAAUCUCAUCAGGAUGACGCUUAUAAACAUCAGAUGUCACAAAACAGCGCGACUCUGCAAGACUCCCACGUAUCUCAACAAAAAAACAUCUGCUGCGCAUUAAUUACAUGGGUGAUUGCUCUCUGCAUUUGGUUGAAAAAAAAACUGCGUCCGCUAAAUGGUAGUUACAAGAAACUGCGAGAGGUGAUUAUUCCAUCUUCGUCAACAAAGAGUCCUCGAACGGAAAAAUUUAACGAUUUAAUAGCGACAUUGCGUUUUGAAAACGAAAAGACGUUACAAUUAUUAUCGAAAAAAGUGACGCAACUCUCGAUAGAUUUCGACCAGGUACGAACGAGCACCGAAGCUACCCUUAAGGCCCUCACAACUGAAAUAAAUAUCGUCCGCGAAGCCAGUAGAAAGAUGACAGAGGACAAUGUAACGCUAAUGCAGGAACUAAAAAAGUUGCGCGAAACGCUAGAGGAAAUUCGAUCGAAAUUCUUGCAACCGGUUCUCUUCUCUUCGUGUUCCUCUUCGUUUUCUCCUUCUCGUUUGCCUCCACCUCCUCCUCCUCCUCUUCCUCCUCCGCCACCGCCAUCCUCCUUAAUACUUCCACAGUCGCCGUCUUCUUCAAAAGUGCACACCUCGGAAUCGGCACCAUCGAUUCCACCUCCUCCUCCACCUCUCCCUUUAACUUCCUUACAAUCUUCGAAGCCACGGAUCAUACAAUCUCCGACAACCCCCAACAGUAGUAAAAGUAACAAGAGAAGGACACCUAGAAAAUGCUCCACGCCGUUAUUCAACAGGCCCACCAUCACAGUCGAAGAUUUAUUAAAAGUCACAUUAAAGAAGGCGCCACAAAAUAUCAAAGAUAGCAGGCGAAAUACCGUACCAGGUCCGAGAGGACCAGUUGUGUCCCUAGAAAUGCUGCGCAACGUAAAACUAAAGUCUGCGAAACGUAAACCUAGCGAUCAGACUGGAAAAUCGCCCAGAAGUGGCCGAAUUGUUAAAAAUCGAAUCGCGUCGAACAUCAAUCUUUCACCCAUUCUGACCGGAUCAGAAGGUAAUUUAGAACGAAUCCUGCGACAAGUAAAUUUGGCCAGACCGAGGAGACUUAUAUCCAACUCGAAUAGCUUUCGUGAUCGCGACUUUGCGAAAGAGAUGCAAUCUCAGUCGCUUAUCCAAUCGCAAUCCGCGCUUGAAUAAUCGUAUUAGCUCUCCUGCAUCUUUUGCUGUAGCUAAAAUUGAAUUGGAUAACACCAGAAGAACGAAGCAUCGUGUGUGAAUCUUUUUCUUGCGUCAUACAUCGAAAUAAACCAAAGUAAAUUAUUUUGCAUAUAGUUCGUAUUGGAUAGGAUAGAUUUUUAUGAAAUUUUAUGUCACAAACUCUUUUUCAUCAAUUCAUAUGUUGAUACAUUUGAUCAACAACAAAAUAUAUUUUUGUUACCGAAAAUGCAAGAUUUAUACAAGUUGAAUCGUACAUUUAUUUACUAACGGACAA